UGAACUUCUUAGGGCAUAUGGAUCAUCCGAAUAUCAUUAGACUCCUUGGAUACUGCAACGAAGAACAUGAGCACUUGCUUGUUUACGAAUACAUGCCGAACAAAAGUUUUGAACACUGUUUAUUCACAGAUACUAGUAAAGGACUUUCAUGGGAAACACGACUUUUGAUAAUGAUAGGAGUUGUCCGUGGACUGACGUAUUUGCAUUCAAUGAAACUCAUGUGCCGUGGUCUGAAAACCGGUGACAUAUUACUGGAUGAAGAUUUUAAUGCAAAACUAAGGGAUUUUGGGUUGGUGAAAUAUGGCCCUGAACCUGGGGAAACACAUGUUACUACAAUGGUUAUGAGAACAUAUGGUUAUGCAGCUCCAGAGUAUGUCACGACUGGUGUGUUACUAUAUAAUGAAGUGAAUUAA